AAAAUGUCAAAUCCAUCUCAUAGUAGUUAGUCAUCCAGAAGUUCUUCUCAAAAGCGUAACACAAGACCUUAUAGAGAUAAAAGAAAGAAGAAUAACUCAGAUGAAUAUGACAGUCAAUUAGAUGAUGAAGAUGUAUCUUAAUAUGAAGGCAUCUUAAUUUUUAUUUAUUUUAGGUGUAAGAUCAAAAAAUAAACCAUAACCUUUAUUAGGUCCUGGUAGAUUCAACAAAAGAGAAAAUAAACUUAAAAAACCUAAUUCUGCAUGUAUUCCAGCGGCAACAACAUUUUUAUACAAACCUGGAGCUGAAUUACCUAAUUUAUCAAAUUUUAUUAACUAAACAAUAGAAAUUAGAAUAGCUUGUGAAUAUGUAAAUAAAAACAAUCAAGCUUUAAUUCUAAGAUAAAUUUGGGGAUCUAAUGGUGUAUAUGCUAGUCAUAGUGAUGCAGUUUGUAUUGGUAUACAUGCAGGUCUUUUAGCUCUUGGAGAUCUUAAAUUAACAGGAACAUUCUAUUAAGGAAUUAGUUUAUCUUGUAAAGUAAUUAAAGGCAAGAAAUCAUUAAAUGGUUAAUUUAAAGUACCAUUACUUUCAAGAUCUCUUAAAUCUCCUUGUGCUCAUUGUUUAAAACCUGAAAAAGUUAAUUGGUUGCCAUAAUUAGGAUCACCUGAAUAAUUGAUUAGUUGGGCUAAAAAAAUGUCAUUACCUCUUAAUAGGAGAUUAACAAAAAAAACUCAUUUAAAUGUCUUCUUACAUGAACCUCCACAAAAUACUUUACCAGAAAAUUUAUUAGUUAAUAAUCUACCUCCUUUAAAUGAAGGUUGGAUUGUCUGGGAUAUGUGUAAUGAACCUAGUUAAAAAUAUAAUCUACUAACAUUUUUAGAUAGACAAACUUCUUAAGGUAUACCUAGUAGAACAUCUUAUAAACUUAAAAGUAAUUGUUUAUAUAUUGAAACAGAUAUUAAAAAGUAUUAUUUCAUCAUUAUUUAUUUAUUAGAUAUGAGAUAUCCAUGGAACCAAAUAAAAUUGCUGAAGAAGUCUUUUUAGACUCUCAAAUCUUUAUCAUUUCUGAAAUCCUUAUACCAUAAUAAUCUGAUAUUGAAAUGUUAUAAAAAUAUGGAGUAAUAUUUUUAUUUUAUUAUUAAGGUUCCAUUACCUAAAGAAUUUAAAAAUCUUAUCCUAGAUAAACUCAAAUGGACUAGUUUUGAAUGGGGUAAUGAUAAUCUUAUUAUUGAUGCAAAAAUCACAAUUCAUGGUUUAAAAAGUUUCAAAUUUGUACCAAUUACAAAACAUUAACAUUUAUGA